AAGAUUUUUUUCUUUGUCAUUGAAAUGAAGCAUCAUCACCUCAUUCAGCUUAUUUUUUUUUGGAUUGUGGCAACUCUUUUAGCACUCUUUACGAUAAAGAGGAGAUUUAUGUCUGAGUGUAAACUCGAAAGUAAUUGUCCUUGGGAAUUCGUUUCUUAUCGAGCUAGUCCUAUUGAACAAGCUUGGCUUACACACGCAGCCGAAUGGGGUGAGAAGCCGUGUGACUAUUCUACUGAGUUCUCAGACUAUUUUUUGCCGUGGCUAGAUUUUAUUAAGAGUUCGACAAAUAAGACAAUUGAAGUUCCCGUUCCAAGUGCUAUGUCUCGUUUUCUUUUCAAAAGCACUUGUAGCCCAAGUGAUACACUUGUUGUACCCAUAGAACCUCUGUUCGGGCCACUCCGCCAUCCACUAAUAUGUAAUGGAACAGAUGUUGUGGACAGAAGUUAUAUUUAUAUCGACUGGCAGAUUCCCUUAGCUCUGCAAAGUUCGCGUGCGAGGGCCCAUUAUUUUGAUAUUGGUGCAAGCACUUGGGAAACUGGCCCCGGUGCAGCUAGUCAGAACUGGAUUGUAAAUGAAUUUGAAAAGAGAGGGAUCUCUUUUGACGGAAUUUGGGCUUGGGAAUCUAAAUUCUAUCAAUCAAAGGAAGUUUGGGAGCAGAUUCCUGCGAAAUAUUUGCCAGUUUAUCAUUGGUUUAAUAUUCCAGCUGAGACUGAUAACAGUAGCCUCUUCAAUCCGUUGAACAUAUUGGCUCAAGUUGCUUCAGAGGAGGACUUCGUUGUCCUCAAAAUCGACAUAGAUGAUGCAAUCACAGAGAAUAAGUUCAUGGAUCAGAUCAGGACUAACACAACUUUGCAACAUUUGAUUGAUGAGAUGUUCUUUGAGCCACAUUUUAAAAUGGAUCCUCUUCAGAAUUCCUGGGGACCUCAGACAACUACAUUUGAGGAAGUGAUCACGCUCUUUACAGAUCUUCGCCAUGCAGGUAUUCGUAUUCAUGGGUGGAUUUAGUGCAUAACCGGUCUUUCGAAAAUUCGCAGAGAACUUUUCUUAUAGGCACCGAAUAGUAGAAUAAAGCAUCUUUAUAAUCAAAUUUAUGUCGUUUCGAAUAAGUAUUAAAUAGGAAAAGAUUGUC